AUGCCCAAAUACUACUGUGAUUAUUGCAAGUCGUAUUUAACUCAUGACACCAUGAGUGUUCGAAAAUCCCACUUGAUGGGUAAACAUCACAUCAAAUACUAUUGUGAUUACUAUGAAUUCAAAGCUAAGGAAACCGGUGAAUGGAACCCACAAGAACUAAUAUAUGAAAUAACGUUUGACAAAUUAAACAGAGGUAUACCUGGUGGUAGUGAUCGAGAUCUGAACAAUAAUCAUUCGCCUGACAGAAGAGGUGAUAAAGAUGCGAUGGAUACCGAUAUGAAGCGGGCGGCUGAUGAAGGACGUGAAAAAAGUGAAGGCGAAGGGGAGGAAGAAGGGUUUACACUACCACCGCCUCCUCAUAUGACAGGAUUACCACCUCCUCCUCCAGCCGUUUAUAAUAAUACAAGGGAAACCCAAAUUGCAAUUCGUCGAAAUAUACACGAGCAGUGA